AUGCUUUUCCGUUCCACCCUACUUUCUGCUAUAGCGCUCCUCGCUGCCCACCAGGUUGUCGGAGCUGCUGUAGAGGCUCCACGCAGCAUAGGCCACAUCGAAAUUGCUACCUCCCCCUACUACGCUUGCAACUGUCCCAAUAACUGUAGCCACAAGAAGGGCUCAGGCUGCAAGUAUUAUAGCGGUCCGAGCGACAACUCCAAGGUUAUUUCCGGAAAAUGCGAGUACCAAGGCUCCUCCUUGAACUGCAUUGCUAAGUAG